AUGACCACGACAAACUCGGUGGCUCUUACGAGUAUACCUCAAAUUCACCGUAACCAUGGUCGAGCAGUGGUCAAUGAUCUCGUCCGAUAUGGCAGGCCGGCAAUGCCCCAAAAGCACCAUAAGACUCAAAGCACCUUGAGCGGUAGCCAACAGCAACCCAACCGCAUCUACCCUUCAUCUCCAAAAGCUAUCAUCAAAGACCUGCGACACUUUCUCAUUUUUCGCGACGGUCUCCCGGCUCAAGAGACUUGUCUCUACCACAUCUGGUUCAGUAUCUCAGAGUUCAAACAUCUCCAUUCCCAUACCCAACUAUGGCUGGAUGAUGCGAUGGAUGAUCUUCGCAUGCAAGAGGCUGGCAUUGACCUCGCCGGUUCUGAUAGCGAACACUUCGAAGACCGAGAGCACAACCAUGCGGCAACUGGACCUUCCAACCACUAUCUGACAGCAGAAACAACUAUCAAACCUUCUUACCUGCCGUUCACGAAGCGAGUGCAUCAUUCGAUGUCUAUUUUGCCGAGGGAUAUCGAGGAAUAUGUCAAGCCCCGUCUUUUGCCCUUGCUCAAGUUAGUCGGUCCCUCUUGGGGAGGUGUUUUGGAGGGAGGUGUUGAUGAUGGAGGUGAUCCUGAGGGAGGUUACGAUGGAGGUUAUGAUGGGCCACGCAACAGGGCCACGCAACAGGGCCACGCAACAGGAGCACAGUUACUACCACGCUUUGCUUCUCUUUACCGCCGCGAUUGGAACUACUCAUUGAUCACAUCAAAGGCACUACACUUGAUUGGCACAGUUAUGACACAACACUUGACGACACGGAGUGACGCGAUACAAGAGUAA